AUGCCAGCGGAUGGCAGCUGGACCUGUGCUGAAUGCGCCACCAGCACCAGCCAACCAGACGAGCACUUUCUCCACGAACAUUACGAUGGCUCAUUUAUAUGCAGGCAAGCCCGGUUUUCCUAUCGUUUUGUAGUUUUUUUUCAAUGGUUCAUGUGUUGGUUUAGAAGUCACGGGAGGUUUUUUUAGACUUUUGUAACGUUUGGAUGAGAAACGGUUUGAUUUUUGAGGUCGUAAGCAUGGAUAAUAUCGGGUUUUUGUGAUAGAAUGUUAAGCGGGUGUUUUUGUAUGUAAAUCUGGUAUAAAUCAACUAGAGCAUGGUUUUGGGAAGCUUUUUGUAAUACCGGGACUUUAAAAAGUUAUUGUUUUAGAUACGAAAAGUUGGGUUUGUUUUGUUGUACGUUAUUGUUGACUUCUGUAUCUUUUCAGAUUCUGCGCUUUUCCGGCUUCGGAUCAAAAGGAGUUGGUUACACAUUUUCGUGAAAAACACUUUGCUGAAUCGUCACGUAAGUUCGUAUUUUCAUUGUUAUUCUUUUGGGUUUAGGUCGUGAAUCGGACAUGAAUGAACUGUCGUUGCGGCCGUCGUCGUCAAGUUUUACGGUCAACAGGUGGGUUAUCUACUUAUUACUUGAAUUCUAA